CUGAAUCGAUACCCUUCAUAUACACUUUGUAAAUUUCUGUGUCCUUUAAUAAUUUCAAUCGAGAAAUAUUUUGUAAUUCAAUCCAUCUACAAAUAAAUAUAUAAAAGAGUCAACUACCAAAUAUCAGUCAGUUGAUAAGGAAUUAUUCCAGUGACAACCAAGUAGCGGAUUUAGUGAAUAGUGAAUUCAAAGGAAACGAGUGAAACGAUGCUCAAUUUAAGAAGAAUGUUUCUAAUAUUCUCCACAUUUCUUCUUGCUCAAUGCAUCACAAGGAGCAACACGUAUAUUAAAAAUACCAACGUAGAAGAUCUCGAGAUGUCAGCAUCAGGAUAUUCUUAUCAAACAAAAUCUGGAGCUCCAUUCGAUUAUAACUCGUUUUCGAGCAAAUCCCACGACAGUCCUCACGAAUACGAUACAAUAGGAAGAUAUUAUAAUCAACCUGUACCGCUUAAUUCGCUUCCGUUAUCACCGAAUUUCCUUUCGAAUAUUAAUUCCGAAGAUGUCGAUUCAUAUGGAGAAAUACCCGUUCCCUAUGCUAAGGGAUUCGACGAAUUUAUGGAUGGCAACUUCCCAGAAUCAAAUCAUUACGGGCAGCAAUCAACAAACUUCAUCAAAGGCGGCGGAUCAAAUUACGAAGACGCCGAAAGGGCAAGCAGUGGAGAAAAAGGAACAAAAGGAUAUUUAAAUCGAGACGAAUUCUCGAAAGGCCUGAAGGGUCGUCACCAAAACGACCAAAGAAAAGGAUUUUAUGACGUACUUGGUGGAGAUAAACUCAGUCACAACCAACAAGAAGGACACUACGCCAGCGAACAUCAUUCAGGUCAUGCUAAUAAGGGAGGAUCCUUCUCUGAGGAAAACAGCCACGAUAAAGGGUCGAAAACGACUGGUUAUCACAAAGUUUAUCACAAGGAUGAAUACAAAAAGGACAAAAGCUUCUAUGAUAAAAAGGAUAAGAAAGGAUAUUUCAACAGAUAUGGUGACGCGAAUUCUAAAGAAGAAUCAAGUUCUGGAGCGGUUGUUAAUGGUAAAUCAGUCGAUGACAGUUUUAGACAAGGCAAAUUUGGCGUCCAAGGAGUAAGAGAACAAGGAAAAUCUCUAGAGGAAUCUAGUGGAUAUAAUGGUGCUGAUGGUGAAGUUAAAUUUUAUAAGAAUGGCGCUUCUUAUGCAAAUAAAGCUGGUAAAUCGCAAAAUAAGGAAAUCGGUUUUAGUGACAAUAAAGGUGAAUAUUAUCAAAAAAAAAUAGGUGAUUCCCCUAUAUUGUAAUCAAAUUCAAUUUGAUGAACCAUUAUUACUUAUUUAUUCAAUAUUUUUUUAUUGUUUUUUGAAUAAUUUGAAAUCAAGUUUGUUAUAGAUUGUUAUUUAUUCGCUUAUAAAUUGAAAUUUUUUUAAAGACUAUUGAGUCUGCAAAUAUAUGACGUAUUCCGC